AUGGAUCAACUCGCCUUCGCGGCCGGUGGUACAGAAAUGCAGUACUUGCAUCCGGGUCGCCUGAGUGACCAGAGCUCAAGGACAGCCAUAUUCCCUGACCAGGGCCACUCCAAGUCUGAACUCCUGCUUCAAGCCAUCCUUGACGAACUGAAGGACAACAAGGCGUCAAACGCUGGUGUCGCGGUUGCCAAGACAGAUACCAAGGACUUUGUCUCAUCUCCCUCUGAUGUGUCCCAACCUGUCAUGCCGCAAUGCAAAUCCUCUCGGCCUCAUCCGACUCGAGGGACUUCAACCACGAGCUCUGGAUCCUCGCGCUCUACAUCAGGCUGCGGCGACGAGCAGUUUUACCAACAACUCUUCACGGCCGUGGUGGCCUUCGCCGCAUUCGGGGGGUCAAUCACCUUUCAAUGCAUAUUUCAGACCAUGCCUGACACGACCGAGAACAAACAUAUCACACCUAAGCGAGCCCGUACAUUCAUCGCCAUCAGUUGGCUGCUUUUCACAAUGGACUUGAGUCUGAGCAGUAUCGUGCUCGCGGCAUUGUAUGUGUGCAAGACGAGGUCGGCACGAGAGGGAGAGCGGACAGAUACCUGGCACAAACAACUUCAUCGUGCCACGAACCUUAUCGCAGCACUGGUACUCCCUCUCGUGUGUGUUGCCGCAUUGAUAUUUGCGGCGCUGGCGGUUUCCGUCCUGUCCCUGGCCGUCGGCGAGACAGCGCUAGUAUCGGUCACGGUGUUGGGCGGCUCCAUUGUUCUAUGGUGGUUCAGUUUCUCGAUCGUUGCACCUCUAUCAGUUGCCGCGCCCACAGCCCACACGCCACCACAAGGCGGUCUCACUGCUGCCGCACCCAGUGCCAGCGACCAGAUCUCCAAGGUCCCAGCCGCUAUCGUCGCAGUCCAAGACCUCCUUCACCCCAUCCUGUAUCUUGCAGAGUCAUGA